UGAUUGGCGUGAAGAUUCUUCACGCGCUCGUGUUUUUUACUUGCUAACAUUUUUCGUACGAUUAAUUGAACAUAUUCGAUUUUGUAUAAAAAUGGCAAAUACACAAUCCAAAGUCGAUUCAUUAGAAGAACAAAAUUCCAAACUUGUAGCUGAGAUCGCGGAAUUAAAAAGAGAAAAGGCUGAAUUCUUGACCAAGGAGGCGGGUUUUAUAGCUAGAAUUAUAGAAUUAGAACAUACUUUGAAAGAUUAUGAAGCUAGGUUUGUAAAUCUCGAGCGGAAAGAUAAUGAAAAGUCAAUUCAUAUGGCAAAGAUAGAUGAUGAAAUUAAGGAAAUUAAAAAUUCUUCCGUUAAUGCCACACUUACCGAAAUGGAAAAUUCUGUUGAUAAUCCCGCAUCCGAUAUAACUAAUAACGCAUCAAAUUCUGAUGAACUCAAUAGCGGAAUUAGUACUAGUGUCAAGGCACAUAAUGCCCCAAAUUCUAAUGUAUCCGACAAUGCUUCAAAUUCUGAGACAAAAAUUAAAUAUCCCACAUCAUCAAUUUGCAUGGAAACUAAAUCUUCUGAAGGUGAAGAAAUCGAAUUUCUGGAACGGGCACAUAAAGAAUGGAUUAGAGAUGAAAUUAAAGAGAGAAACCGGGAUAAAAAACUAUCAAGAAAUAAUGAAGCGUCUACUUUUCGAGAUCAAGAACUAAUACAAAAGAAUUCUACACCUAAAAUCGAACCGAAUGCUUCAGAACCUAUUAGUCAAACACAAAGUACCAUUUCUUCUGAGAGCGGAGCUCAUUGUUCCGCGAUAAUAAAAACUCCCUAUAAUCAAAAGGUUGAACAAGGCUUAAUAUGUGAGUUAUCUACAUUUACUAAUGAGAAAAGCCUUUCGAAUUCCAUAUCUGAUAAACAAAUUCUUGAUGGAGAUGAUUCAAGUGCAAAGCACCCUGCUUCACAGACUCCGGGUUCUGCAUCACAUUUGGCCCAUUUAUUCGACAAGGCUAAAAAAACUGGUCAGAAAGAAAUAUUACGUUGGUAUUGCUAUAGUGAGGAAUUCGAAAUAAAGGUCAGAGACAUUAGCUUAAAAAACGAACAUAAUGAUCAAAUGGCGAGAACACAGAUUUAUAAUGAAAUGGAACCAUUUCUUCCCGGCAUCAAGAGAGAUGUAGGAUUAGUUAACGAGCAAACUGAAUAUCAGAAAGUGAUCGGCGUGAAGAAUCUUCACGCACACGUAACCUCAGAUGAUAUAUCUACUGAAUCUCAUGUUUCCGGUUCAUCUAGUUCAAAAGCAUAUACGGAAGAGACUGGGUUCGAUCCCUGGAUAACUUCUGAAUCCCCACAAAUCGAAAAGACUGAUAAUCAUCUUUCAGGUAUGAUCAAGAUUUCUAAAUUUCCGGAAGAAAAAGAUGUGAUCAUUGAAGCUGUACAUAAACGCUUCCCUUUCCUGUCUUACACUAAUUCGAAUGCAUGGUACCGAGAU